GAAAGAUAAACUUUAAUUUGUUGUUCAAUUUAGGCUAUUGAAGUUGUUGAUCUGGACCAAAAGAUAAAAAUGGUUGGAGAGCUUGAAGGUCAUGUGAUGCGGUGUGUUCGUGAUCAGAAUGGUAACCAUGUGAUUCAGAAAUGUAUUGAAUGUGUCCCUGAAGAGCAUAUCCAGUUCAUUGUUACCACUUUCUUUGAUCAAGUUGUCACCCUUUCAACUCAUCCAUAUGGAUGCCGUGUCAUACAGAGAAUAUUGGAGCACUGCAAGGAUCCAAUGACACAGAGUAAAGUGAUGGUUGAAAUUUUAGGAUCUGUUAGCAUGUUGGCACAAGAUCAAUAUGGCAAUUAUGUUGUUCAGCAUGUGCUAGAGCAAGGAAAUGACAGCGAGCGUUCAACAAUAAUUAGAGAGCUAGCCGUGAACAUAGUUCAAAUGAGCCAACAGAAGUUUGCAUCCAAUGUCGUUGAAAAGUGUCUGUUGUUUGGUGAUCCCUCUCAAAGACAACUUCUUGUCAAUGAGAUGCUUGGCACCACAGAUGAAAAUGAACCACUUCAGGCAAUGAUGAAAGACCAGUUUGCAAAUUACGUUGUACAGAAGGUUCUGGAAACUUGCAAUGAUGAGCAACGCGAGCUUAUCCUUUCACGAAUUAAAGUCCAUCUGAAUGCUCUGAAGAAAUAUACAUAUGGGAAACACAUUGUGGCUCGUGUAGAGAAGCUAGUUGCUGCUGGAGAGAGGAGAGUUGCAUUACAGCAUUCUUCAUAUCCCGCAGCUUAGACAUUAGAGCGAAAAAGAGUUUGUACAGCUAACAGAGGCUAGUUUGCGCUCUCUUUCUCUCUCUCUCUCUAUAUAUAUUAUCGCUCUCUAACCUUUUAGAGUAGGUUGGUUAGGGAGGUGAAUAAGAAGAAAACUGUACUUUUUUUUUGUGUAGUUUUAAUUUUGAAGGAUUUUAUAAUAAUUAUAUAGAGAAUGAGUUCAACAACAGCUUGAGGCUCAAUGAGAUUCUACAGAGGAAAUUGAUUUGUAGCUUCGAGAGUGUAAAGAAUACUUACUAGCUAUUAAUGCUGUAAUUUUAUCGUGUGACUGUACAAAUGUUUCAUGACGUUGAUAUGGUCGAAUUAUCUUUGAGCUCUUUUCAUGUAUGAUAGAAGAUACAGUUUUUGAAUUCUUUUAAUGGUUUGCUCUUGUUA